CCCCUCUCCUUCCCUACUCUCUCUCUCUCUGUCUAUCUCUAUCUCUGUCGGCAUAGGCAUUGGUUAAGAAAUUGGACAUUUGGCUACAAGUAUUGGCAAGAGUCCCUAGCCAAAAGCAUUGGUUUGUGAUGUGGACAUUUGGCUACAAGUAUUAGCAAGAGUCCCUAGCCAAAAUUCUAUUGACUGCUUGUUGAAUGUCACACCAAGCAAGGUUUCCAGAUGGCAGGCAACCCGUACAAAACAACGGAGUUUGUCUCCAAAAUUCACGUGUGGUUACAAGAUGUUGACCCUGAUCGGCUUCGUCGUCUAGUUCAGAAAGAAGGACUAAUCAGCUUUGACCAACUGGAACGUUUGAGGAAGAUACAAGACCAAAAGGGAACGGCUGAACACAAUGCACAAUUGAUUUCAAUACUUUGUCCUGGAGAGACAAAAUCCUAUCAGGUCUUAUGUUCAGUGAUCCACCAAAUGGGCUACUUUGACCGACACUUGGAGAUGCUUCGUAUUGUAGCUAACCCAGAGCAAGAAUUGCUAUCCAGUGUUGGGCAACCAGAGUCAGCCAACACCAUAGCAACCAGUGCAGACCCAACUGUAAUCAUGCCAACUGAAGACCACCCAACAGCAGCGGCUCCCUCAUCAGGAUAUGCAGCGUAUCAAUCCACUCCAGGGACAACGAGUACAUCGCCACUUGGACAGCAAGUAGCACCACUGUGUCCACCGAUGAAAAGCAGAACUGCAGCAGCAAGACGAGGAGCAGAGGGAGGAGAAGCAGCUGGAGCAACAGCAGCAACAACAAUAGCAGCAGCCGCAGCAGCAGCAGGGGCAAUGGCAGGAGCAGCAGCAACAGCAGCAGUGGCAAUGGAAGGAGCAUUAGCAGUAACUUCAUCAGCAACUGUAUUAACCCCUCAAGCAUCACUCCAGGCAAGGCUUCCAAUUGGAACGGCAAUGCCAGAACGUGCGCAUGGAGCAACAGCAGAGUCAGAACUAGGAGCAACAGCCACAGUAUCAGCUGUACCAGCACUUCAUCAUUGCCAUUAUUCAGGUGCACAACCGCCUAUUGCUCUGCAGCCCGGUGCAGCCUUAGCUUGCUCCUCCACUGGUAGAUCACCAUCAUCAAUGUCAGGUCCUUCUACUACGGCAGAGACUACAUUUGGUCUUAGCCAGACCUGUAUGAGUGCACCCACCCAAGCCACUCCAACACAUCCCAUUGCCAGCUCAGCUAACACUAGCACUGGCAGCUUUACAGCUGAUGGUAAUGCUGCUAGGAGAGGAACUGCAAUGCAGCAGAGUACACAGCAACCAGCGUCAGUCCACCUUGAAAACACGGCACAGCUGGCAGCAGCUGCUGUAGUUUUUUCUUCACUGCCUCUGGAGCCGCAAGCCAAGAGGGCACUACUAAGCAAUGUUGGCAGAGCAUUCACGGAGGAAAUGUCCAGGCAUAUUGACUAUGUGUCAGCUCCAAGUAUGGCUCAUACCAGUCCAGAUUCUCAGGCCUCUUUGCUGCAGAAGUCUCAGUUCCUCCUGGACAGCCCCGAAAUGUCUGAAAGUGACUCACGGUUUUCCGGCUCUGCUGCUAGCUCAGACACCGAAGGAUGGACAAAAGAUGAUCUGCGCAAUGCUAGAGUCACGGUUUUUGUGGACAGCAAACUCAGGACAUCUGCUGACUGUGAUGGAAUUAUCUUGGACAGUUUAUCUAAGCAGCACUUCAAUGAGACCAAUAUCAGAAUCAAAUCGACGAGCAGAAGAAGUGAUCCUGCGCUCACAAGUGUUGAAGGAAAAGGAGGAGAUAUUAGGACAUUGGUCAAAAUCAUCAUCAAUGGAAAACCUGACGACUACACUAAACAUAGGAUCCAAAGGGAAGUGAUUGAGGACCUGGAGGACCUUACCUUCUCCAAGAAUCAAAUUCAGGUCAUCUACAAAGGCGACUGGGAUUCCAUCCAGGUGGUACUGCUGCUACCAAUGAGGACACUGGGUCAUCUACUCUACCUUGCAGUACACUAUCCUGGACUGCUGCGAGGCCUGGAUAUACUUCAAAUCAUUGACAUCUCCUCAUUGACCAUAAUUGACUUUCGAGAGAUAACAGGCAGUGUGGUCUUAGACGAAUUGGCAGAUGAUAAUGAGGAUCUGUCAGAGGACGAUGAUGAGGAUGAAGAUGAGAGCGAGAUAAAUGAGCUGGAGUUUUUGAAGCGCACCAACAUGGCUGACAUUGCUGAGUACCAUAUUUCGCAACGGGAAUAUGAUCUGCUCAACAAUCGAAGUACCGGUUUCCAGUCGGUGCUGGCAGCCAUAAUGAGGUCACACAGGAAAGACAAGAAUUUCAUGAGAGCAAUUAGCGCUGGCAUUGGCAACAAAAUGCCCAGCUCAAAAACACAAAAUCUGAUUGCACUCACACACAGACGAAAGAAGGAACUUGCAGCAUUCCAAGACGGGCUCUUGACAUCGCCGGAACGAAUUGAGAGUCUGACAACAGAGCUGAAGCAAAGUUCAUUUGAGCUGCAUGAUGAGGAGGAAGAGGUAACGAUGAGCCCUGCAAAGAUGCCCAGGAAGACUUGGCUACCACCAGAGCAAAGAAUGAAGAUGUCUGACGAUCUUCUAUCUGCAUCACGACAAGGUGAUCUGAAGAAGAUCGCUGCACUUCUGGAAAGUGGAGCCGACGUCAACUGCUGUAGCCGUGACUGGCGUGGCGACACUCCGUUGCACGAUGCCGCCAGGAGAGGUAACCUCGAGGUGUGUCAAGCGCUGAUCGCUGGAGGGGCCGACUGUAACAUCAAGAAUGAGCGUGGCGACACUCCGUUGCACGAUGCCGCCAGGAGAGGUAACCUCGAGGUGUGUCAAGCGCUGAUCGCUGGAGGGGCCGACUGUUACAUCAAGAAUCAGAAUGGCAUAACACCACUGGACAGAGCGAGAUUCUGGAAACUUCAUGCGGUUGUAGAGCUAUUGGAGAAGGCCACCCCAAAGACAUCAUGAUACCUUUACUAAGUGUAAAGUGGCUAUGCACACACUGCGGGUCAUUUCCUGCCAGAUGUAGCAACAUGGCAGCUAUCUUUCUCUGGCGAAUCCAGAGCUUUAAUCGUCACAUAUGCAUGACUUUGCAUGUAUUUGAGCAAUAGGCAGGUAGGACUGCGGUGUUUUCUGGCUGUCCCAGCCGACAAUGCCAGCGCAUGAUACCAUACAUUUCUAGACAAGCUCUCUUCCAUUUCCUCUUCUCUUCUAAGUAUCUGUUGCAGAUUUUCUUGCACUCUACCCAGUUCUUUACUAGAAGUUACAAUGCUUAUUUUGCGGACAACUAGAAAAGUUAGAAUGUUAGCAAAGAAGUUGUACAAUGUCUCUACAGUAGUGCGUCGCUAGCAUCUCAAUUAGAAUCAAUUGCCAUCCUAUCGGCAGUGGACAAGUUCCAUUUUCAUUAUUUUCUCCUUUUUAUCAAUUGCUCGCUUGACUAAGCUAUUCGGUAUCCUAGCAGCCUUGUGACUUCCAUUGCAAACGGCCACCAAUUUUUUUUUAAUUUUGUUAUACCGCCAUCGGAAGUUAUGGAGACAAGAACUUGAUACUAGGGGGUAAUAAUAUACCGGUAUUUUACUACUCCCUGCUUGAUACUACCGGUAUUAUCAUUAAUCAUAGCAUGUUGCUACAUUUUUCUCUGGUCUGCUGCAGUGUUUACCGAAGUGGUACGCCUUGGCACGUUCGUUGUUUACACUGGCAUGCUCUGAUGCACACGUCCCUGUACGUGUACAUGUAUAUCCUUGUGGAACGAGUAUCACUGACCUUCUCGCAGUGAAUGCACACCUUGUAUUGCUAAUUUUACAUGGGUUUCAUUCAUGUCUCUGCGUAGAAUGUUUCAGCUUUUCACUGAUUUAUAUUAUUGGAGUUAUUGGUGAUUUUUUUCCAAUCAAUUUCACGCUCUUUGUUGGGCACAUCCAGUCGUUAGCCCCUUCAUACUUACUGUGUACAACUCUGAGGAAGCAAAACAGCUUUCAGUGAAGAAUUUUCCAGCUAUGGAAAGCUCGGAAACCCAAUGAAAUACAUGUAUGAGAGAGGUUCCCACUGAGUAGCCACUACGUAAAGUUGAGCAACUUUAGUUGAGCAGCUUUACGCAAAGGGGCGGAGAAAAACCCGUCAACUCGCGAGUUUGCACUCCACUCGGAAAGUGCCCUCUGCUGUCUUGUGCUGUGGACGGGCAUGUGCUCGGGGUCUUGCAGGUCACAUUCCCUGAUCUAGUGAAUCGUGUGGUGCAAUAAUCACGAAUGAACCUUGACUACAUCUCACAUUGAUUAGCCACGCCAC